CGUGCAAAGAUGCGUGAUAUUUUGCACUGAAUGCAAAGUAAACGAAAAUGAAAUUAGAGCACGUGCAAGGGACACAUGCAAAGUAAACCGUACCGGCUGACGGCUAGCUGGGGGUGGUGGAGCAGAACCUGUAGGUGGUUAAGGCUACCGCAGACGGCGGAACCAUGGAAAAGGGACACAUGCAAGGAAGACGGGAGAGGACUAACCAAAAACGAAAGAAGAGGAAGACACCACCUCGGUGUCAGAGGAAAACAGCAGUUAGUCAGGAGCUGUGGAUCGACGACCGCUGGAUGGAUGGAUUCCUGUCGCCAAUGCCACGUUGUACUAACAUUCCUGACUAUUUAACCAACCAGUUCCUCCACCGUCGACGUACCGACAAGAGAAAGGAAAUGCGCCGCGCUCAUCAAAACGCAUGCAACUUGUGCGGCGCAUCCUGCGCCAGCACCACCACAGGCCGCGACCCGUCACACUCACCCUCACUACAAAGCCGUGCCACCUCCGGCUGGCUCCUUCGCAGCACCCAACCAACCCCGAACCCCACUGACCAAGCUCCCUUCCAGAAGCCGAGCAAGGACAGACGUGCCAGCAGCACCAACAGCAGCCAUGGCGCGGCGGUCUCUGGCUCCGCUCGCCCUCGCCGUUGCCGCCACCGUCGUCGCGCUCGCGCUCUGCUUCCAUCCCGCCUCGGCGCAGUCGGCCUGGCUCGACGAGUUCCGCACGGACGGCGAGGUCCGCUCCGACUUCGACGCAUCAGGCAAGCAGGUGGCGUCGCUGGUCCUGGACGAGAACUCCGGCGCCGGAUUCAACUCCACGGAGAAGUACCUCUUCGGCGAGUUCAGCGUCGAGAUGAAGCUGGUGCCCGGCAACUCCGCCGGCACCGUCACCUCCUUCUACCUGACGUCCGGCGAGGGCGACGAGCACGACGAGAUCGACAUGGAGUUCAUGGGCAACUCGAGCGGCGCGCCGACGGUGCUCAACACCAACGUGUGGGCCAGCGGCGACGGCAAGAAGGAGCACCAGUUCUACCUCUGGUUCGACCCCUCCGCAGACUUCCACAAGUACACCAUCAUCUGGAACGCCAAGAACAUCAUCUUCCGCGUCGACGACGUGACCGUGCGCGCCUUCCGGCGCUACGCGGACCUCCCCUACCCGGACGCCAGGCCCAUGGCGGUGCACGCCACGCUGUGGGACGGCAGCUACUGGGCGACGGAGAAGGGCAAGGUCCCCAUCGACUGGGCCGCCGCGCCCUUCGUCGUAUCCUACCGGGGCUACACCGCCAACGCCUGCGUCGCCCGCGGCGGCGGCGGGCGCACGUCGUGCCCCGCCGGGCGGAACGAGUGGAUGGACAGGGAGCUCGACGACACCGACCGGCUCACCGUCGCCUGGGCCCGGCGCAACUGCCUGCAGUACAACUACUGCGAGGACGGGUGGCGCUUCCCGGAUGGGUUCCCCGGCGAGUGCAGCCGCGAAUGAUCUGUGUCCGUCCGGCCAUCCAGACACACGCAGGCAUCACCAUAUUUUUCUUGUAGAUCAAGUUCUUUUUUCCCUUGGAUAAUUACAUUCUUCUUCUUUUGGUACAGCAAUAGCUAUGUAACUUCCGAGAACCAUUUUUGGUCACUAAGUAAAUUCAAAUCUCACCGUAGAAACUGAAUAAAUUUCAAUGUUUUUAUGAAU